AGCACGAAGUGGCAAAGUAGGUGGUCCAAAACCCCGCGCUGUCCAAAUCCUUCCCUGAACCCGUUGACGAGAGUAAAAAGCUCACCUACAUGAGCACAGCGAUCUGAACUGGCCGGCACGUUUCUACGAUUCUCGUUUCUCGUAUAUUCCGAUGCGGACACCUCAAGCAGAGUUGAUAACACCCGGAGCAAAUACCAGGUGUGUUGACCCACUGACGGGUGUUGUUCCAGCAGCGAAGCACCGCCUGCUAUCAAGCAUCGAAUCUCAAUCUCUGCACAGAGCACCUGUGACGUGGUCGAAUGACUGCGUUCAACAGGUUGGUUCUAUCAAAACAAAACGAAGCACAAGAGCUGAAAAUUAAUUAGGGUUUCAUCAACCCACAAGCGUGUGUAUUUCGUUGAAUGUGGAUGACUGUGCAAAACGCUUAGAGUGACACUAGACUGAGGCUUUUGGCUCUAAGAAAGCUCAAGGCGAGCGGUCUAUUACGCUGGGACAGUGGGUCGCAGUUGAGUUGGCCAAGUGGAAAAUACUAUAAAAAUUUAUUUGAGAAUAUAUAGGUAGCUAAUAGAACAGCCUUUAAAAUAGAAAUACACUGCAACCCACUGUACCUUUACCACCCAAUUAGUUUAGUUUUACGAUGACACCACAUUCAUAUGAAAAGCUCGCAAUUGUCGUUAAACAUUUCCCCAAAAACUAACACCAUUGCGGCAAAUAUAAAACGCUGAGUUCUACACGGCCGCAAAAUCAGUUGGUUGCGAAAGGCACGCGUAAAGGUUUCGAUCGCAAGUUGCCCUGUUUAGUUGGAUUUCGACAUGGUGGUUAUAAGGAACGAGCAGAAUAUCUCGGUGCCCGCGUAUCUCAACGAGCAGUUCUUCACAGAGACCCUCGAGGAGGGUCUGCGGGAGUCGAAGGUGACCCUGAAGGAGAUCCACUUUGCGUGGGGCAGCAAUCCGGGCGACAACUACUGCUCGGCUAUCUAUCAAGUCGGAGUCACGUUCGCCAGGUGGGUCGAUGGUGGGGAAUCCCCGGCGACGGAGCAGCUUUCGCUGAUUGUGAAGACCAUCCCGAUCACCGAGGCCACCCAGUUUCUGGAUGACGUCUGCGUGUUCAUCAAGGAGAAGCAGACCUACACCGAUGUCUUGCCGCGACUGGACAUCCUCAGCCAUGGCGACACAUUCGGAGCAAAAUACUAUCACUCCGUGAAGACUCCGGUGCAGACGAUCGUGUUCAGCGACCUCAAGGUGGAGGGAUUCAAAGUGGCCUCGCGGGAAGCUGGCCUGGACUGGAACCACGCCUCCCUCAUUCUUCAGCAGCUGGGAAAGUUCCAUGCCACCUCCAUGGUGCUGGCCAAGAAGGAUCCCGCCAUUGUGAAGCAGUACACACGUGGCAUGCUCAGCGAGGACAUCCUGAUGAAGAGCGACACCUUCGAGCACAUGUUCGGCGGCUUCCUGAAGGGCCUCAUCAAGAGCUCUGCGGGCUGGCCCGGCUACGAGAAGAUUAACAAGCACCUGCAGCGGCUCAUGGACAACUUUCGGACCGUGUGCGUGGAUGCGUGCAAGCCAAGGAAGGGGGAUCGCUACGUGGUGCUCAACCACGGAGACAUGUGGACCAACAACUUCAUGUACGGAUACGAUAACGCUGCCCAGCCGGACGUUCCCACGCGCGCCAUCUUCGUGGACUUCCAGCUGAGCUUCUAUGGCAGUCCGGCGUGCGACCUGAACUUCUUCCUAAACACCAGCAUCAAGUUGCAGCUGCUGCAGGAGCGCCGCGAGGAGCUCAUCAAGGUGUACUACGCGGCCUUCAAGGACGCCCUGGAGUACGCCCGCUUCGAGGACAUUCCCACCUACGAGGACCUGCUGUACGAGCUGCGCAGCCGCGAAACCUAUGGGCUCUUCGGCAUGUUCGCCUUCCUGCCCAUGAUCACCAUGCCCAAGGAGCUGGCCCAGGACAACAGCAUUGAGAACAUGCAGGACGAGGCUUUCAAGCAGCGCAAGAUGGAUGCCAUCUUCUCGCAAAAGUUCCUGAACGACCACCAAAAGUGGGCACUGCAGCGGGCGGAUGCCCUUGGCGUCUUCGGGGACUACUGAAAAGUGGCAUGAGUAUUCUGGAGGUUGGGGUUCCUCUGCCUUUGUGAUAAAAAUGGAGGCUCUUCCAAGGCACACAUCCUUAAUACAGCUAUAUUAGCUUCUCGCCUGAGAAUGUAAAGUGCAAAUGGUGGGCUUUUUAAUUGAUUAAAGUACUUAGCCUGAAAGUGUUGGGCUAUCGCAAUUUA